GCAAGUAGCCCAGCGGCAGUUGAUCCGGAGGUUUUUCCCGUUCGAACACCGCCCAGCUCAAGGUCUCGAGUGCUCAGCCGCCGCUGGAACUGAGUCUCGAAACUUGUAGGCAUGACUUAAAAGUCUGCAUUCCCAGGGGAAGGAAGGGAGUUCUAAGCAAGCGCCCCGCCACCUCCGCAGAGACCGGGGCCGCAGGGGUCGCGCCGGCGCAGAAGCUGCGGGCCGAAGGGAGCUACGGCGCCCAGGUAGGGUCGCUUCGUACCCGGAGACUUUCCCUUCCGCCAAUCACCGUUGAGGCCUGCCCUUCCCGCCGCCGGAAGGGGCAACGGCUCCAUCCGGUUUUCGGAGUUUGGUGGCGGGAAGGACCAUGAGUAAAAGUCGGGCGGAAGCUACGACCGGAGCCCCCGGGAUCCUCCUGAGGUACCUGCAGGAGCAGAACCGGCCCUACAGCGCCCAGGACGUGUUCGGGAACCUGCAGCGGGAACACGGACUGGGCAAGGCGGCGGUGGUGAAGACGCUGGAACAGCUGGCCCAACAAGGCAAGAUCAAAGAGAAGAUGUACGGCAAGCAGAAGAUAUAUUUUGCGAACCAGGACCAGUUUGACAUGGUGAGUGAUGCUGACCUCCAGGCCCUGGAUGUGAAAAUCGUGGCCCUCACUGCUAAGGUGCAGUGCCUACAGCAGAGCUGCCGCCACAUGGAGGCUGAGUUCAAGGAGUUAACUACUGCCCUGACCACACUGGAGAUGCAGAAAGAGAUCCAGGAGUUAAAGGAAGAGUGCUCUGGCUACACAGAGAGACUGCAGAACAUCCGAGCAGCCACCAACCACGUGACCCCAGAAGAGAAAGAGCAGGUGUACAGCGAGAGGCAGAAGUACUGCAAGGAGUGGAGGAAGCGGAAGAGGAUGGCAACAGAGCUGUCUGAUGCAAUCCUUGAAGGAUACCCCAAGAGCAAGAAGCAGUUCUUCGUAAGUGGUUCUCUCCUUUUCUUGUUCCCCUGGGGUCAUCAUCCAGGGAGGUCUCAUUCACUUAUUCAUAUCCCACAGGAGGAAGUUGGGAUAGAGACAGAUGAAGAUAACAAUGUCAAGCUCCCAGACCCCUGAGAGGCAGGACUGGGGAAUGGGAAGAGAUGUCCUGGACUGGCUGCCUUGGGUGGUCAGCUUUUUUUGUGGCUCCUGCUGCUUGCCACCUUUGAGCAGAGCAGCUAGGAGAGGGGCAUAAACCAGUGUAUUAGGUGGAGGGAGGGAGUGCUGAUGGCCUGGAGUGGAUGGUUACAUUCAUUUUCAUUGUCCACAUUCCAAUUGCUUGAGUUUAACCCUUAGACUUGGAACAUGCCAAAGGACAGCAUUUGGCAGUAUUUAUUGUAACAUAAUUUGAUAUAAAAAUAAUUUCCUGUGGAUAAUCAAACCUCCCAAAUAUCAAACCUGAGGAAGACAGAAGGGAGCUUGAGGACAGGGGUAGAGAAAGGCCACUAUACACAGCAUUCAAGGACCCCAAGGCCUCACCCAGUACUCUCCCUGGCUUGGUACCCCAGGAGCCCUUUAGAUUAUCUUCUUUAUGUCUUUGUCCUAUCUCCAAGUCUUGGGAGAAAGGCAGUACUGAGAGAUGGCAGAGACCCAGAUACACUUGACAGAAAGGCUGGACUUUGAAGCUCUGUUAAUUUUUCAAAAUUGUAAUGUUAGCAAAAGUGCAUUGUUGGUGUUUAGAAAAAUAAAAAACUUCCAUUAUGUA